UACCAGCGAAACUUUCGAACUAAAUAUAAAAACUAAUUAUCAUCGACAGCACAUGAAAAUUAAUUAAUGAUUAGAAAUAAAGACUGGGUACUCGUAUGCCUUUUCUCAUUUCAGAAAAGAAAAAUGAAAUCCACAAUGUUCUUUACAUGUCUGAUGUUAAUCAGUUUCCUAAAGUUAGCAAUAUCUCAAGAAUGCAUGACACCGACUCAAGUGGCAGGGACGUGUAUCGAUAUUAAAAACUGCCAGCCUCUGCUAGAAUUGCUGCGAAGAGAAGGUGCAAAAGCGGCUGAUUUCGCAAAGAAAUUCAUCUGCCGUAUUGAGGGCAAGAAUCCGAUCGUUUGUUGUCCAGGCAAGUCGGGAGGCUCGACGGAACGAAAUUUAUACGGACCUCUGCUUCCACCUCAGUGCGGUUUCAGUAAUGUCUUUCGCCCGAGGAUAGUCGGUGGAAUGCCAGCGAAACUCAACGCAUUGCCUUGGAUGGCUGCACUAGGAUUUAAAAAAACUCCAACUUCUGAAUUGGAAUGGAAUUGCGGUGGUUCUCUCAUAUCGGCCAGACACGUAUUAACCGCUGCCCAUUGCGCGGAACGUAACGACCUUGUCGUUGUUCGCCUCGGGGACUUGGAUCUGAAGAGAGACGACGAUGGAGCACAUCCCAUUGACUUGAGAUUCGAGAAAAAGAUCAUUCAUUCUGAAUACAACAAGAGUAUGCAUAUAAACGAUGUUGCUAUCCUGAGACUGGAGCGUGAUGUACAAUUUACGUAUAAUAUACAUCCCAUUUGUCUUCCUGUGGGGAAGAUUGCAGAACGGGACUUCGUAAACACUAGGCCUUUCCUUGCAGGAUGGGGUACUAUUUAUUUAAAUGGACCACGGAGCGAUGUACUUAGAGAAGUACAAAUACCAGUAGUUACCACCCAAACUUGAGCCGCGGCUUUUUCUGCGUUCACAAGUUCAAUCAUCGUUGAUGAUCGGUUGAUAUGCACACGUGGAAACGGUGGGAGAGAUGUUUGCGAGGUAAUUGAACAACUUCCGAUUUUUAACCUCGUUUCAAUCUGUAUUUUUCUAAUUAUUUCAGGGUGACAGUGGUGGUCCGGUGAUGUUACCGAUAAAUAGAUGGUUCUAUGAAAUUGGAGUAAUAUCUUCUGGUUUUAAAUGCGCCGAGCCCGGAUUUCCUGGACUUAGUAGCAGGGUUACGAGCUUCCUCCAAUUUAUUAUAUCAAAUUUACAAUAAAUCGAUGCCAUUGUAUUAAUUUAUCUAUGGAUGUGCGUGGCGAGGAUUCCUCGGUAUCUACCUACAUUUCAUCACUUCGUCGCUGACUUGAAGAUAAUAAAAUUGGAAAUUGUUGU